AUCCCCUGCCACGCCUAUACACGGCAUUCACUCUUCAUAAUCCCUCACUCGCCCUACAGGGCAAAGACGACAAUAAAUUUCACUUUCCUGCCCCGUCCAGACAACUCUAGUUCACGUCCUUCCAGAAAACAAAUAAUCCAGAAAAACAUCGAAUAUCCUGUAAUAGUUUUCCUGCCUCAGUACGAUACGAUACGAAAUGACAGACGAGUCCGCUCAAACACACAUCCUGCCAAAGAACGACGAGAAGAAACCUCCCUCUGCACUCAGAGGAGGCUCGAGGAGAACCUCAUCUAAUACUAGGCCAUCUUCUGCAGCCGGCAACCUCCAAGGGGCGCCUAGGCCUUCCUCUAGGUCAGGCACCAAGAAGCCUCCAACAGGGGCGUCUACUGGUGGUGCCGAGUCCGGUUCAGACACCAACAGAAAGCCUCCUGAGUCCAAGAGGGUCGAACCUCGUAGCAAGAGUCAGACAGGUGGGGCCCCACGAAAUGGCAACAAUGGCAACCACCGCAAAGGUCAACCUUCCGCGUCUCAGGGUACCCGCGGUGGGAAGGAAUUCACUGGCUAUUCCUCUUCACCUGCACCCCCUUCGACAUCAGAAUCUAGUGAUGCUUUGUCAUCUCUACAGAGAGUCAUUGCAGACUUAAAGACAACUUCGCCUUCCAAUCAAUCUUCCUCUCCCGCGAUUAAUAAUUCACUCGCUGCUUCUAUGCAUGCUCCACAAGCGCUGCCUUCAAACCUUCCAGUCAACGCACCAGUGUUCCAGCCAGGCGCUCUUUCUUUCCCUCCCUCUAACCUCGCAGAUGCUGUUAGGCACCGGAAAGCUGUAUCGCUUGGCACCACCGGUGUUCCCGGUAACUACAAUUCCUUCUCGCCUCACCUGGGCGCAAUGAUGGAAGAUGCCGAAGACGGUGCCGGCGCUUCGUUUGAAGACGGCGAAAUCCCUGAGCAUUUUUACCAGCAACAGCAAGGGCACCAGCCUCGUUCUCAGUCUCAAAGCUUCAUGGCUCCUCGUUUCGCUGCUCUCGCAGCACAAGAACAGGAUGUCCUUGGGCCGACCGGUCGUCCUCAGCUUGCCCCUGGCUUCAUGUUUGGAGCGCGUAGAAGAACUAGCUCUAAUGUUCCCGUUGGUCUGCCUAUCAAUGAGGAAGACGUCAGAUUCCAGUUCCCUCAGCAACAUCACUUUCCUUCGGAUGACCAAUCCCAUAGGAAGCCUGAAGGUGAUAUCACAGGCAUCAUGGCUGAACAGAUUGCGCUCCAGAACCAGAUCGAGGCUCUUCAGCAACAGCAACAGGCUUUGUACCAGCAGCAGCUCGCUUCGAAUCAGGUUCUUUCUCUGCAAACUCCGGGAUUGGUCCCAAACAGGCACAGGCGUGUCCAGAGCACGUUACCGACCUCCAUGGUUGGAGUUGGAAAUGUGGGUGUCAACGCCUUCAACUCCCCCAUGGGCCAGUUCAAUAGCAUGGGCAACCUUGGUCUUGGUCUCGAUAACCAGCCAGCUGGUCUCCCACGCGGCCACGGCAGGCGACACAGCGUCAACGUUGUGAAUAAACCCAGUCCCGCUCAGGGGUCAAUCAGCUUCCCUUACAGCGGUCAGGACGGUUUCGACGAUGGUUUUGCCCCUCCUCCUGGCUUUGGCGGUCACUCUCGCACCACUUCUCGAGUUGAUUCUAGCUGGCGCAUCAAUGGAGGCGUCGGUGCCAUCCAAGGCGGCAAUGCAUUUGCUGCUGAUCUUGCUCAAGCGCAAGCGCAGCUUCAGAGUUUGCAGCAAUUCCGUGCUGCAGCUGGCGGCCACCAUCACAAGAUGCCAUCCUUCUCGUUCCCUAACAUGCUCCCGAAUAUGAUGGCCGCGAACAUGAUGGGUCUGAAUAUGGGCGGUGUCAGCUUACUGCAGCAACAGCAACAACAACAGCAGCAGUUCCAGUCGCAGCUUCAGCAGCAGUCCAACCAGCCUCAACGCAAAUCUCUUUUCGCUCCUUACCUACCUCAGGCUUCGCUGCCGCCACUUCUUGCAGCAGGAAAACUAGUUGUUGGCAUCUUACGAGUCAACAAGCGCAAUCGCUCGGAUGCAUACGUUGCCACUGAGGUCCUCGACGCCGACAUCUACAUUUGUGGAUCCAAGGAUCGUAAUCGUGCUCUGGAGGGUGAUAUUGUCGCCGUCGAGCUUCUCGAUGUUGAUGAAGUGUGGGGAACCAAGAAAGAGAAAGAGGAGAAGAAGCGCAAGAAGGAAGAGAACUCCGCUUAUGACCUGAAGUCGUCUUCUGUGCGCCGUGACGACAAGAAAAAAGACGAUGUUGAAGUCGAGGGUCAAGGUUUGAUGCUGUUCGAAGAUGAGGAGGUUACCGAUGAUGUUAAGCCUCAGUUUGCGGGGCACGUCGUUGCUGUGGUCGAGCGCAUGCCUGGCCAACUCUUCUCUGGUACUCUUGGCCUUUUGCGGCCUUCGUCUGCUGCGACCAAGGAGAAGCAGGAAGCUGAGCGCAGAGAACGUGAAGGUGACCGUGGCGACGAGCCCAGGCGCGGACCCAUAGAACGUCCGAAGAUCGUGUGGUUCAAGCCCACCGACAAGCGCGUGCCACUCAUUGCUAUCCCCACUGAACAAGCGCCCGCGGACUUCGUGCAGAACUCUGAAGCCUACGCGGACAAACUGUUCGUUGCUUGCAUCAAGCGUCACCCCAUCAGUUCUCUCCACCCAUUCGGUACUUUGGCUGAAGAGCUUGGUCCCAUCGGCGACAUUGAAGUUGAAACCAGUGCCCUGUUGAAAGACUGUAACUUCCCUACCGAGGAGUUCUCGGAUAGCGUUCUCAAGUGCCUCCCUCCUACGCCUUGGACCGUCCCAGAGAGGGAGUAUGAAGUCCGGAAAGAUCUUCGUCAAGAGCGCAUCUUCACUAUUGAUCCUGAGACCGCCAAGGACCUUGAUGAUGCACUGUCUGUUAAGGCCAACGAGGACGGCACUUAUGAUGUGGGCGUGCACGUCGCUGACGUCUCUUACUUCGUCAAACCUAACACUGCUCUUGAUCGCGAUGCUCGUAAGAGAGCAACCAGUGUGUAUCUCGUGCAGCGCUCCGUACCCAUGCUUCCACCCGCUAUUAGCGAGGAGGCCUGCAGUCUCAACCCGGGUGUUGAGCGUCUGGCAUUCUCGGCUGUCUUUACCAUGACCAAGGAGGGCAAAAUUGUCCAGAAGUGGUUAGGCAAGACCGUUAUCAAGUCUUCUGCGAAACUGUCGUAUACCGCAGCUCAGAAAGCUAUCGAGGGUCAUAAUGUAGAUGAUAUUGUGGUCGCUCCGGAGCACAGUGCAUCGGCGAUCGCGCAUGACAUCAAGAUCCUGAAUGGUCUUGCAAAGCAGCUUCGUGCUAAGCGCUUCCAGGAUGGUGCUAUGGGCACAUCCUCUGGGCGUCUUAAGUUUACCCUGGAUGAAAGUGGCAGACCAGUGGACUGCAAGCAGACCGAAAACAAUGAUUCAAACAAUAUUGUUGAGGAGUUCAUGCUGUUAACCAAUACCACUGUUGCGCAACGUAUUGCCGUUCACCUUCCUGAGCAGGCCUUACUUCGUAGACAUGAUACGCCGCUUGAGAGACGCCUUAAUCUUUUCACCGAGCGUGCCAAGCGGCUUGGUAUUGAAGUCGACGUCUCCUCCAGCGGUGCCAUCAUGAAGUCGUUUGAGGCGAUCACGAACCCGACUGCCCGCAUGGUGUUGGAGCUGAUCUCCUUCAAAGCUACUCAGCGAGCCAAAUACUUCUGCGCUGGUAUGCUCGACAUUGCGAAGUACAACCACUAUGCUUUGGCCGUGCCUCUCUACACCCAUUUCACCUCACCUAUCCGCCGCUACGCGGAUGUUCUUGUGCACCGUCAACUUGAAUCAGUUUUGCAGGGCGGAAUGGAACCCAAAUUUACCAUGGACCGUGAUGCUGUUGCAAAGAUUGCUCAACAAUGCAAUAUUAAAAAGGACUCGGCGAAGUUGGCGCAGGAGCAGUCGACCCAUCUCUACUUGUGUGUUCUAAUAUCGGACCUCACACAGCGAUACGGACCUGUCAUUCGUCCUGCCAAGGUUGUUGGUGUCCUUGAUGCUGCGUUCGACGUUCUUGUCCCCGAGUUUGGCAUUGAGAAGCGGGUCCAUGUCGACCAAAUGCCGAUUGAUAACCACGUUUAUGAUGAGCACUCCCAUACCUUGCAAAUCUAUUGGUCGAACAAGGAUGUCCUUAGCUGGCUGGCAGAGAACAGCGAUGACGAGCACUUGAAGAAGGUUAAGCAGAAUGCUGAGGCCCACGCAGUCAAAAUGGAAGUUGCGUCUCGUUCUGUACAUGACGAGAAGGCCCUCUUUGACGAGGAUGACGCCGACGAAGAUGAGGACGAGAUCGUAUUGGGAAGGGACACUGAGGAUGAAAAGGCACCCGAGACUUCGAAGCAAAGGCUGCUGUCUGCUGCUAAGGUCCAGCCCGUGUUCGAGGGUUUGAGGACCACAUCGUCUGGCCACAAGAUUCAGGACAUCAAGGAGCUCAUGACCGUUCCCGUUAUCGUUACGGCUGAUUUGACCAAGAGCCCGCCCGUCAUCAAGGUGUAUAGCGUCAACCCUUACGCUGACCAGAAGUAAUACUCUGCAUCCACCAAUGAUGACAGCGUUUUGUAUGUACGAUAACUCUUCGAUAUUCCAUCAUGCUCUCUUUUCCAAGUCCCUUCUUUGUUACUAACUCAUGGUCAUGUUCAAGGUCUCUGUACUAGUAUCCGGUCAUUCACGUUUUCCUCGUUACGUUCUCUC